AUGGCUCAACUCGAACGCCCUCAGAGACAGGUUGAAACUGCAAAAACUCCCUCUACCAUCCACACCAUGGAACAACUCCUCCGAGGGGAGUCUUCCAAGUCCAGUAAGCAGUCACCAGCCUUCCCCACUUCCUCCUCCGCCAACUCCUCCUCCACCAACUCCGCUUUCUUCCAAAGGCUGAGGUCCCAUGACUCCGAAGACGACCAUGGCCAGAAUCAGAAGAAAUCAGUUCUUACGAAAGUGAAGGAGAAGGCCAAGAAACUACGCCACAGCCUCAGCAAGAAAAAACAUGAGGAUGGGAACCUCAGUAGUCCCUCAUCGGCUACUGGCGCAGAAGGUGAUGGAGUAGAAGAAGAUGCUGAAUUUCUUGGAGCUCCUAUGUACGAAUCAGAGAAGGCACCUAUAGGGUACAAAGCAAAUGCAAAACAGCUUCUAAGUCCAAGAGUAAAUCAUAUAAUCCCUGAGAAGCAUGUUAUAUCAAGCAAUGACAAACACGUAGUGGAACAAAAUAAAGAAAAGUCACUGACCCGUUCCUUAUCAGCACUACCUACAACAAAAACAAGAACCACCACCACUCCAUAUACUACCUCUGCUACUAGUAUGAAUAUUAACACUAAUACUAAUACUAUUACUCCUACUCCAUGUCCAAUCAAGACAACCACUGAAACGGUAGCACCGAAACUGUCCCCAAUUAAAGCUGAAAAACCAAAUGCAGCCCAUGUAAGCUCCAAAUUUCAAGGUCUUAAUGUGUCCAAACCCUCAGAGCUUCAUGAUUACCCUUCAUCACCAUCACCAUCAACAACAACAACAACAGCAACAGUUGCACCAAAAACAACUCGCAGCACUUCUUUCUCCUAUGCUGCUACUCGUACUCCCUCUCCAAGAGUAAUUUCCCAAUUUCCUACAAUCACUCCGCGAACUACAUCAGCUCCAGUGAGUCCAGCACCAUCACCCGCUACUCCACAGAGUGAGAAGAUCACAAGCCCCACAACGCAAAUAUGGGAUAAGGGUGUGUCAAUGAAAGAGUACUUGUUGAACAAAUUGGAGCCAGGGGAAGAUGAGAAGGCGCUGUCUCAGGUGAUAUCUGAAGCAAUGAGUCCUAGGAGAACUCCUGGUGAUGCAGGUGUGAUGGAGAAGGUGAGAGAAGCUGUUACUUCUCUGCUCCGAACUGAGGACCCUGCAAAAUAUGCAGAUGCAACUGCCACUAGUAAUACUCCUCGUAUGUCACCUAAAAGCCCAGUAUCUACCAACGCUUCUCGUGCCUCAUCUCAAAUGCCUUCACCUUCCAAUGCUUCUCGUGCUGCGUCUCAAAUGCCAUCAUCCUCCAAUGCUUCUCGUCCUUCGUCUCAAAUGCCAUCACCCUCCAACGCUUCUCGUGCUUCGUCUCAAAUGCCAUCAUCUUACAAUGCCUCUCGUGCUUCGUCUCAAAUGCCAUCAUCUUCCAAUGCUUCUCGUGCUUCGUCUCAGAUGCCAUCAUCCUCCAAUGCAUCUCGUGCUUCGUCUCAGAUGCCAUCAUCUUCCAAUGCUUCUCGUGCUUCGACUCAGAUGCUAGCAUCUUCCAAUGCUUCUCGUGCUUCGUCUCAAGAUCCAGCAUCUACCAGCAUUUCUCGCACUUCUUCUCAAAUCCCUGUAUCUUACAACGCCCAGGAAGGUAACAUACCAAUACCAGUUCACUAG